CUUCAAAGAUUCCAGCAUUCUACAAUAUAAACACGACUGGGUUAUACAACCUGAAAAAGUGGCUUCCUUCGAACUUGAAAAGAAAAAGACCGUUCUGCUGUUACCAAGCAACAACAAAUGGAUGGGGGCAAGCACAUUCCACAGUCGCUGUGACUCAAAGGGACCAACAUUGGUCUUGAUAAAAAGUAAAUCUUAUGUAUUUGGAGGAUUUGCAUCAAAAUCUUGGGGAGGGAGUGGCUACAAAAGAGCACCAAAUUGUUUCAUUUUCUCAUUUAAAAACAAAGAUGGUCUUGCACCAUUCAAAACAUCCCCCUCAGUGCGACCACAAUACGCAAUGUAUUCAAGCAGUAGCUAUGGACCCGUUUUUGGAGGAGGUUUUGAUAUUUACAUUGCCAACAAUGCCAAGUCUAGUUCCAGUUCAUACUCCAACUUUGGUUAUUCGUACAGGGCCCCAUCUGGGUAUUCUUACGGAAAUACAAAAAUAAAGAAUUUACUAGCCGGUUCAUACAAGUUCACUCCAGAUGAAGUAGAAGUCUUUUAUUUUUCCUCGUAAACAGUUUAAAUAUGUUAGUGUGAAACAUAUAUAUAUCUAAAGUUAGUAGCAGAAAAACUUUCUAUAGCUUGUCUUUUAUAAAACGUUUUGGUAGAAAAAAUAAACAAUAAAGAAGGAUGGAAAAAAAA